AGAGUGAAAACUACUAGACCCAAGAGGAGGGCGAGCCAGCCAGCAACGAUCAGAUCCGCGAGAUGGACAGCAUCGUCAACGCCAUGGAGGCUGACGUCACCGCUCGUUGUGACUUCUUUACCCGCCCGAACGAAAGUAACCCUGCCGUAACAGGUGGUGCCAAAUCUGAUAAAGGUGAUAACGCCUCGUCGACCGCGUCCAAUGGAAACCCCGGAGAAGCUGGUAACAAUGGAAAUGAGAGCCAAAACGCAGGCGCCGACGCUUUGAAGAAGAUUGAAUUGGAGAAGAAUAUGAUUAUAAUUAAAUUGAAAUACCUUAACGACACGAUCAAAGAAGUUAAGGGCAGUUUGGAUGAGCUGCUUAAGGAUUUUAAAUUGCGUCACUUCUCAACCGAGCUACGGGCGGAGAGCCGCGUGCGGCUGAUCUUCAACGGGCGCGUGCUGACAGACGACGCGGCCACGCUGCGCGCCUGCGGCCUGCAGGACCGCGCCGUCGUGCACUGCCUCGUGCACCCCAAGCGAGCCGCUGCCCCGCGGGUAGACGACGACAAUGCAACUCCGGGAGUUGAAGCGACUACAGGAGGCGGGGGCGAGGGGGCGGCGCCCGAGCGCUCCUGGGACCUGGAGAACAUACUAAUGACACUCGUCUCCAUCGCACUCACCGUCGUCUGGUUCUUCAGAUGCGAAUAUUCGAACAUGUUCACAGCGAGCGCGAGCGUAGCGUUGUUCGGCCUAACAGUAUUCUACAGCGUCGCAAUAUUCGGCCUCUACCUCUCAGACACAUUCCACUUCGACCGGAGGCCUGCGCCGGCGCAGCCUAUACCUACCAACUAAGUUUCAACCUAAACCCUAAGUCAUAACGUACAUUAUCGCGAAAUACAGGCGUGCUUGCGUAAUUAUUUGAGAUUCCCCUAGAUUCUAACGUAUGUGCAUAAACAGGGUGCGUUUUUAAAAUAGCGAUCAGUACAGCCCGUAUCAUGAGAACUUCACCGAAUGAUUUUCAACUUAACAAUGUUAUCGUAUGUAACGUUACAAUUGUUAGAAUUUCCUUUCUUCUGUUCUCAUCAUAUAGUUUAGAUGUUCUUUUUACUAUACUAGUCCGUGUGCUGUAUUCUAUUUCGAUAUGACCCAAUUGAAGAUCUGCCGCGCAACAAAACAUAGAUGUUAGCAUUAUAAAGUGGAAUAAGUGAUCCGUUUUGAAUAAAGGAAUUUGAUUAUUAACAUUUACUAAGCUAAUUUAUAAAAAUCAUUAAUCAAUUAUUGAAUGUUAGUAUUUGACAGAAAUUACAUAAUAGAAAGUUAAGCAGUGAAAUUGGAUGUAUGUACUUAGUGGGGAUAAAUUUUUCAAGUAUGCUGUGAUUUAUUAAUUGGUUUUGUAAGUAAUUUUUAGAAUUGUUUAACAAAUUACUAUGUUGUCUAUGUUGAACAUGACAGCAAUGCAAAGUUGCUGUUGGCUUUUCGUGUUUAGUUAAGUACAUUUUUAUAUUUAUAGAAAAUCUUGCUUAUUAUUGUAUAUUUUUAACUAGUAGCUUGCACAAACGAAAAAUUGCGAGACAAUUCAUAGUUAGCCGUCCAAAUUUUCCAGAUGUAUUUUUUUAUUUAUCUAACUUCUAAUGAUCAUAUUCCCUUCGGUGUAAUUAAAACAUUAUAAUAUAAUUGGUCUUCGCAAGUUGUAAAUAGUAUCAUAGGUAUUUAUGUAUAAAAUAUAUUUUGUAUUUAUUUAGAAAUAAGUGCGAUUUUAAUCAUGUAACAUUUGAGUUAUUUCUUAAAACACAAUCACUUUCAUUGCAGCAGUUUCUUAUAAAUUCUUUGAUCUACUCAUCUCACCUAUCAAAAAUUCAUUGUGAAUAUAUUUAUGGUACCUAAUAGUUUUCUAUGCUAAAAGAUAUUAUUGUUAUUUACUUUUUAAGAUUAUAGAAAUUUCAAAUAAAAGAAUACCUAAUUGUA